GGUAGUGGUAGCCAGAGAGCUAAGCAGUGUCAGGUCUAGUCGAAAGAGGCGCUCGGAAUUCCAGUCUUCCCCUUCACCCAAAAAAGACAACUACGACUUCAAGUUCCGUUUUCCCUUCCUUCACAUACGACAUCCUCCAGUCUACCUACCGGCUUUGGCUGCUAAACUAGUGUAAGCUCGGAUAUCAAUAAGUACCCGAUCCACUAACCAAUUCUGCCGUCGACUGGCCGCUGUUGCUGUUACUGUUGUGGUAACUUAAGGAGCUAGCUACACUGUCGGAGUAUCUCGUCGGGACUGCACCGACAACUCCGAAUUCUCGUACUCUGUAUACUUUCCCGGCUCGCCAGUCAGCUCCUAAAAGGCUGCUUACACCUUCUCUGAAUUCACUGUGUGGUAUUUGUCAAUCCUCACUGCAGAUCUGUGGUUGUCACACACACACACACGCACACACACACGCACAUCCAGCCUGGCCACCAGCAUACCGCAUCGAAGCACAUCAACUCUUGGUUCCGUCCAUCGCAAAGUACCAGACGCUGCUCGGCUUCACAUCCAUACCCGCCAGCAGACCCCAAGACCGAGACGACGAUUCGACUUUACAAGAAGCUUGGCCAUAAUCGAACACAAUCCCCCCCGUCACCAGUACCGACAAAGUUGGCUGUUCACCUGCUGCAGCGCCGCACCACGCCCCGCCCUAUUACUAGGCCUUGCGCCAGCAUCCAACUAUCAUUGGAGCCCCGGUACCGCGGCUCGAUAUCGCCCAGGAGUCGAACCAAAUUCAUCCCGUAUCGUUCGAGAAUUCUAGACGAGGGCCCCCCCUUUGGCGAAUCACACGGCACUUCCCUUGUCACUGGCGCUUGGUGACAGCCUUAUUCCAUCUCGAUCCGAAUGCGUGAGCGAGGCUCAGCAGUAUUGUUGUGCCCAUCCCUUCCAACAAGUCAAAGCUUAUCCAACAUUACCCUUGGGACCUUUGCGUCCCCCGUUUAAUACAACAAUGGCUCCCGGUGUCCUCGAGAAGCCCGCAGAGGAGCAACAAGGAGGCGACUUGCACAUGACUAACGCUGCUGACGACAGCUGUGUCGACCGUCUAACCUUGCUGAGGAGUAUGCCGGAACCGCCGGUAGAGUGUCAAGUGUGCGUGGUCGGCGCCGGCCCGGCCGGCCUGAUGCUGGCUUGCAACCUCGGCCGUUUCGGUGUCAAGGUGGAAGUGGUGGAUGACAGGGCAGACCAGACCCCAGUGGGGAGAGCCGACGGUCUGCAACCCAAGACGAUCGAGACUUUCCGCCAGAUGCGCCUGGCAGAUCCUUUACUACAACGCGGCGUUCGAGUGUACGACAUUGCUUUCUGGAGGAGUACAACGGACGAACCGCUCCACCGCCUUGGCCGAGAAAUUCACUAUCCCCCUAUAAUCGAUGUGCUGGACCCGUACAUUUUGUUGGUUCACCAGGGCAUGGUGGAAAGUCUGUUCAUCGAGGACUUGAAGAAGCGCGGUGUUGAAGUGCGGAGAAAUACCGCUUUCGACUCGUAUAGCGUUUGUGACGGAAACAAUGGGCCUCUCCAGGUGAACUGCCUAGCAAAUGUCACCCAGGAUCGCAAGACCAUAUUGACGCAAUAUUUGGUUGGAUGUGACGGCGCGCACUCCAAGGUCAGGAAAAGCAUCCCUGAUGCCAAGCCCAUUGGCCUAUCGCAGCCCUCGCUGUGGGGCGUCCUUGACGGCGAGCUCGAUACCGACUUCCCAGACAUUUGGUCAAAGACGUUGGUCUAUUCGCAAGAGCAUGGCUCUAUCUUGAUCAUUCCUCGAGAGCGGAACAUGACCAGAUUUUACAUUGAGCUGAAGAGCAGCACAAAGGGUGACAGAAACAUGCUGGGGCAGGAGUUUGUGAUGCAGCGCGCCAGGGAAAUCAUGGCGCCCUUUAGUGUCAAGUGGAAGUACAUUGAAUGGUUUGGUAGGUACCAGAUUGGCCAGAGAGUUGCGAACCGCUUCCAGGACCCUCAUACCCGGGCCUUCUUGGCUGGUGACGCUAGCCACACUCACUCGCCCAAGGCUGCGCAGGGUAUGAACACGUCGAUGCACGAUGCCUGGAAUAUUGGCUGGAAGCUGAAUUUUGCCGCCCGUGGCCUUGCGAAGCCCGCGUUACUGGAGAGCUACGAACAGGAGCGCAGGAAGAUUGCGCUGGAUUUGGUCAACUUUGACUAUGAGCACGCUAACCAGAUUGCCGGAGGCGACGCUGUCGCUCUGGCUGAAAACUUCAAAACGAAUGUUCGCUUCAUCUCCGGCAUUGGUGCGGAAUAUGGUGAGAAUGCUAUCAACAUGGUUGAGCCGCAGUCGUGGGUUAUGGGCGAUGCCAAGCCCGGCUGCUUGCUCCCGCCCGCAAAGGUUACUCGCUACUUGGACUCGAAUCCGGUCGAUGUCCAGCUCGAUAUUCCCAUGCUGGGCCAGUUCCGGAUUUACCUGCUGAUGUGGGAUGUCCAUCAGUCGCGCAUCUUUUUGGAUGGUUUCUGCGCGGCUUUGAACUCGCCUGAUUCUUUGAUGAACCAGCUCUCGGCCGCCGCGAACAUUUCGUACGCCAAGCAGCCCCGUCUGCCAGCUCCUGAGGAUAUCUAUCUUCGUCCGGAGCGGUAUACGGCCGUUAGCCAUUUGUUUACUUUUGGUUUGAUCACCACCAUGCCCAAGUCUGAAAUCGAAAUAACCGACCUCCCCGCCCUCUUCCAAGACAGCCGCUGGACCUUCUACCUUGACGACAUUCCCGAGCUCGACACCCGCGGCCAGCUGUGCACCAACAAGUGGCUCGGCAGUCUCGGCCCCGGAGAGGUGGCCAUCGUUAACGUCCGUCCCGAUGGGUAUGUUGGCUCUAUCGGCAGAUGGGACUCGAGCGUGGACGAUGCCGGUGAGGAGGCGGCCAAGUGGCUUGACACUUACUAUGAUCGGUUUUUGCAGGUGCCUCCUUCUCCUGCGAUGGAUUAGGAGAUUGAUGCGGAAGAAGAGGGCGUGGCAGGGGACGAGGAGGGGAUGAAGAGGUUUGGAUUCGCAGAAUUAUUGUGUGUGGCAAAGGAAAAAUAGUCAAAGAGGUACAGGAGGUGUUCACGAUUGACAAGGAGAUUGAGAAGAGAGAUAUCGAGUUUCUGAAGGACAUAGUGGAGAAGCUGGCGGCGAAUCUUGAUAAUCGGCCCGAGAGAGAGGGAUGGCUGGAAAGGGCGCAUUAUAUCAAAAGGGAAAAAUUAAAGGCUGGAAAAUGAAAGCAACAUGGCUGAGGAUAACGAGAACUGGUUGGAGGAGAGUGUUGGGAAUGCAGCGGCAAAGGGGUUGCUGUUGCUCGGGAAAACGAGAGAAGAGAAAACGAGAGAAACGUGGAAACGAGCAGACUAACGGGAAUGACCAAGACGCAGAAAGGACACCGAUCAAAGGACCUCGCGGAGUAAAGACGCACUCAUGAGAAUAGGUCUAGGCGGGAAGUUGUUUGGUGUAUAGAUGGUAUAGGAAGAACCAUUGAGGGCCGGGAGGCAGGUUUGUUUACUUUUCUACUCAUGCUGGAAAGACAAUCGGGAAGGAAGAUGAGGAGACAGAGCACUGGAGGGAGCAGUUUGGUGUGGGGGUGUCGAGUGAGGAAAAUAUCCUUCUUUUCGUCUUGGUUUGGGUUGAGGGUUAUUUCGGAUCCCUGUGUUGGCGGUGUUUGGUUUGGCGCAGAGGAGUUAGACUUAGUCCUGUCACGUAACCUGUUUCCUGUACGUAUGUAACGGGUUGACGAGCUAAAAGAAAAGAAUUUGAGGACUUGAAUAGUGCUCUCGUCUUCUUCGACUUAGAAAUCCGGAAACAAAAAAGAAUUUGAGGACUUGAAAAAAGCUCUCGUCUUCGACUUAGAAAUCCGGAAAGGAACAUGAAAGGAAUU